AUGGAUAAUGCAUGCCCAAUCAAAUGGGUUUGUUUUCAAGAGGCAGUGCACGACAAUGCCAAUGCCAACACUUUACAAUGGAAAGCAUUAGUACAGAUCAACCAACUACAGGACCUAGAUCCACCUUUUACUGGCUUGGACAUAUUCCUUGUCGAAUUGUCCUCAUUGUUGGCAUGGUGGUGGGAAUCGAUGUGUGGGAAAAAGGGAUACUAUACACCAAGGCCUCAUGUCAAGACCAUCAUCGAACUUCACAAGUGCAAGUACAUGGUGCUAAAGCUGUUCAAGAUCCCAGCUAAGGUCAACCCUCCAUUGCUGAUACCUUCAAGUUUUUUUAUAUCUGGUCCAAUAACACCAGGACAGUCUAUCUCUCCACCUAUUAUGCUUUUCCAUCUACAUCAGAUUCCAGAGCUGGCCCUUCUUGCCAAUCAGUGGUACACUUCACUGGACACAGAGGGAGAGAAGGCAGUACAGACCCGAAAGUCGUUCAUCUCUCGUUUUAGCUCUGGCCACCCAUACAUAAAGAUGAAGAGGCUUUUCAUGUGGGCGCUCCUUCAGCUUUACAAACAAGGGAGUAUUGUACUUUACGAUGGACUUUUGGAUGCCCCAACUGCAUCUGUGUUUAUAGUGCCACUCUUCAGGACAAUAUUCUCAACUCCUGAUGCUACCAAGUCCAUGAUUGCUGAAGACAACACUUACUUAUCAGAUCCACCUUGUUACGAGGAAGACCAGGCAUACAUUCCCGUGACUGCAACCCUUCUCUCUCAACCUGUGCGAGACAUCAUGUGCAUAAGAGGUAUCAGAGGAAAGAGCAUCAGGGUCAGAGCAGAGGACAUCACAAAGGAUUUGGAAAGGUUAGACAGCUGUUGA